AUGUAUCAAUCUUGGUCUGUUCAAAUCUCUCUCUCCCACUCUCUCCGUCUCUUUCUCUCUUUCUCUCUCUCUCUCUCUAUCUGUUCUAUCUAUGUUUGUUCAUUAUCUAUCUAUCUAUCUAUCUAUCUAUGUCUGUUCAAAUCUAUCUAUCUAUCUAUCUAUCUAUCUAUCUAUCUAUCUAUCUAUCUAUCUAUCUAUCUAUUUCAGUUUGUUCAUUAUCUAUCUAUCUAUCUAUCUAUCUAUCUAUCUAUCUAUCUAUCUAUCUAUAUCUAUCUAUCUAUCUAUCUAUCUAUCUAUCUAUCUAUCUAUCUAUCUAUCUAUGUCUGUUCAAAUCUAUCUAUCUAUCUAUCUAUCUAUCUAUCUAUCUAUUUUGGUUUGUUCAUUUGUCUAUCUAUCUAUCUAUCUAUCUAUCUAUCUAUCUAUCUAUCUAUCUAUCUAUUAACCAUAAACAUAUUGAAUAAACUAACACAAGCCUGUUGUAUUUCAACAUUGUCAUUUAUCUUUUUUUCUUUCUUUCUUUCUUUCUUUCUUUCUUUCUUUUUUUCUUUCUUUCUUUCUCAAUCAAUAUUUUGCUUCAUUUUUAUUUUCCUCAGAUGUUUUGCCGGUUAUGUUUUCUUUCUUUCAUUUCUUGUUUUUCUCCCUCUUUCUUUCUUUCUUUCUUUCUUUCUUUCUUUCUUUCUUUCUUUCUCUCAUUUUUCGUUGUUUUUCUUCCUCUCAUAUUUUCCUUCCUUCUUUCUUUCUUUUUUGUUUUCAUUUUUUUCGCUUGUUCUUUUCUUUCUUUCUUUCUUUCUUUCUUUCUUUCUUUUUUCUUUCUUUCUUUCUUUCUUUCUUUCUUUCUUUCUUUACUUAGAUUUUCUUUCUUCCAUUUUUACUUUUUUCUUCUUCUCAUCUUUUCUUUCUUUCUUUUUCACUAAGCCACAUUUUCUUUCUUUCUUUAAUUUUUUUCGUUUUUACUUUCAUUCCUUGUUUCUUUGCUCUUCUUUCUUACUUUGUCUUUACUUAUUUUUUUUACCUUUAUUUUCUUUCUUUCUUUCUUUCUUUCUUUCUUUCUUUCUUUCUUUCUUUUCGCUUAUUUGCCCGUGUUUUUCUCUUUCAUCACCUCCUUUACUUUCUUAUUUUCAUUCUUUUCUUCUUUCUUUUUUAAUUCCUUCGGGCUUUCUCCUUUUCUUUUUUAUCUUCUUCUUUUCUUUCUUUCUUUCUUUCUUUCUUUCUUUCUUUCUUUCUUUCUUUCGCCCCGGUUCUUUUUUCUUUCUUUCUUUUUUGCUUAAUUAUAUUUACUUUAUUUUCAUUUCUCAUUUUUUCCUUUUCUUUCUAUUAUUUUCUCUUUGUUCUUUCUUUUUUCUGUUUGCUUUCAUUUCGUUCUUUCUUUCUUUCUUUCUUUCUUUCUUUCUUUCUUUCUUUCUUUGCACUCAAUGUCUCUCUCUCUCUCAUUCUCUCUCUCAUUCUCUCUUUAACAUCUUUUUCUGA